GUGUGCACAGGCUCGUCACCAGUCCUCCAUCACAUCCGCUCCGUCCCUCUCCGCCGCAGCUGCGCCUCCUUCAGCCAUAAAUCGUCUCAUACACCCGCUCCGCCGCUAGUGGGCUACAACCGGAGCUACCGACGGACAGGCAGCGGAACGAGGAGCUUUGUCGCCCGGGUAACUUCACCUGGCUCACGCACGUACUCAGCCUCCAGCGACGGGACACGGCUCGCACCGAGCGAACACCGGCCAGAGGCGUUAAAUCUAGCGGGGACCGCAAAGGGAUUUUUUUUUUAAUUUUUUUUUUUUUCUUACUCCGUAUCGCCCCGUGUCUCGGUGGAUCAGACCGCCAGCUAGCUUUGUUACCACCGCGCAUACGUAGUGUUAGCUCGCCUGCUAGCUAACUCCCGUUAGCCCCGAGAAGAAAAAGGCCGCGGAGUUGACCUCGCGUCCGCUUUUCACACCAGGCAGCGACUCAUCCUGGCACAUCGGGGUCGCCCCUCGGACCGGAACCCCCCUCCUCGUAACUGAAGCGCAGACCACCGACAGAGGAUGGCCCUGAAACGGAUCCACAAGGAGCUCAAUGAUCUGGCUCGUGACCCUCCAGCACAGUGCUCGGCCGGCCCAGUGGGUGAUGACAUGUUUCACUGGCAAGCCACAAUCAUGGGACCUAUUGACAGUCCAUAUCAGGGUGGUGUUUUCUUCUUGACAAUUCAUUUCCCAACAGACUACCCCUUCAAACCACCCAAGGUUGCAUUUACAACAAGAAUUUACCACCCAAAUAUUAACAGUAACGGCAGUAUCUGUCUGGAUAUUCUCAGAUCACAGUGGUCUCCUGCACUUACUAUUUCUAAAGUUCUUCUCUCCAUUUGCUCACUCCUAUGUGACCCGAACCCUGACGACCCACUAGUGCCAGAGAUCGCACGAAUCUACAAAACAGAUAGUCAGAAGUACAAUAAAUUAGCUCAGGAGUGGACGGCGAAGUAUGCCAUGCUUUAGGAUACAGCAAACUGGCAAAAGAAUGGACAACCAAAUACGCAAUGUGAUGGCAUCGUCCAGGAAGCUGGUGGAAAAUGUGGUCGCUGAUUCAAACUUAAAAUUCCAGGAUUCUGUUUCUUCUUUUUCACUUUUUUUGUUAAUCAGAGCAUUUUACCCUCCUUUCCUUUUUUCCCCCAACCUGUGUGCUCAUAAGAAGAUAGUGUUUUCUCUCUAGGACACAUGCCAGUUUCUGUGAGGUUUCAAUUCCCAUUUUGUACGGAUUAAAAAAAAAAAAAAAUCACCAUGGUUCUGAACACUCAGCUUGAGCAUGCACCAGUAAAAGUUUUUCAACCCAGAUUUGGUGAUGUUAGUCAUUUACUCUGCACACACUUAGUAGAAUCUGAUGCAACUGGUCUCCUCAUGCUCAACAGCUUAUCAGCCCCAUGAUGACCAAAAGGUAAAACCGGCUGGAUCCUGCGAGGUUGAUAUUUUACUCUCAGGUCAGCUGAGUUUCUCAGCGUUUCUAGAGAAGCUGUCUUUGGCUAUAUCUUAAAAAAUUCUGAGUUUCCAGGUUUCAGAUUGGCAAAAGAAAUCUGUCUGCCGUUAUUUGGAAGUGGUAAAAUCUGAACUGGGGAAUGCCUUCUCUCUGAAAGAUGAGCGAAACUGGUCGGUGGCUCCUGGGCCGGUCUGACGUCAGUAUGUUCUUCUGAUCAUUAGCAUAGGGAUCUAUUACCCGAGGAAAGAGGUGUAUCUUAUUCCACUAUCAGUGUGUGUACAGAGAAACACAGCAGUAUAUAUCGAUGUUAAGGAAACAAAAUAUAAGGACUUCAAUGUUGUAUUUUAUGCAUGUUAAUAAAGGUAGGCUAUUAUAUCUGAUGUUUCUGCAAAUUAAGUGGAUUGUAAGGCUGAACAGUUGGAAAAAUUUGGUUCCCCUCAAAGGCUUUCUAUUUCUUUUUGUUAUUUAGAAGCCAGUAGAUGAGCGAUUAGUUUUAUGCCCACUUGAACACUGUCUUCUUGUAGCCCUAAAAUAUUGACGCAAAGCCGAUGGUUGAUAAUCAACUUGUGGCUCUGUUUCUUUUUAGUUUUCCCUUCAAUAAAGUUACUUAAACCAUAAAGAGAAUGGAGUUUUGUUUU